CCGCAAUCCCGCAUUCUGCCAUGCCUUCUUGUCCAUGGCCGUGCUCUCUUGGACGGUCUCGAGCCAGGUUGCAUCGGGCCUUGCAUGAAUUGUGCCGAGAUGCCAGCGACCGCAUAUAAAGGCUGAUUCCCCGGCAGGUCGGGGUCGGGGUCUCCAGGCUCUCCCCGGUUAACGGCUCACCAUGUUUCGCAUCACCAAUAUCUACGUCCUCGCUGCCUUUGGCACGAUAGGCGGCGCCCUCUUCGGUUUCGAUGUCUCGUCCAUGAGCGCCUUCCUGGCCACCCAGCAGUAUCUGGACUACUUCAACAACCCCGACUCGAAUCUGCAGGGUGGGAUUACGGCCUCGAUGUCGGCGGGCUCGUUUGCCGGUGCGAUUGUCGCGGGCUUUAUUGCUGACCAUCUUGGGCGUCGCAUGAGUUUGAUUAUUGCGUCUGCGGUCUGGAUUAUCGGUGCCGUUGUGCAGUGUUCGGCGCAGAAUGUCACCCAUCUUGUUGCUGGCAGAGUUGUUAGUGGUCUAGCUGUCGGUGUCACCUCGUCGCAGGUCUGCGUGUAUCUCGCCGAACUGGCCCCUGCACGAAUCCGCGGUCGCAUUGUCGGAAUCCAACAGUGGGCGAUUGAAUGGGGUAUCUUGAUCAUGUACCUGAUCUCCUGGGGCUGCGGCAAGGGCUUGGAAGGUCCCUCUGCAUUCCGCGUCGCCUGGGGCGUCCAGGCUGUCCCCGGUCUGAUCCUGGGCGUGGCUCUGCUCUUCUUCCCUGAGUCUCCUCGCUGGCUGGCCGGUCAGGAGCGGUGGGAGGAAGCCCUCGAUACUCUCGCUGCGAUCCAUGGAAAGGGGGACCGCAACGACCCCGUUGUCCAGGUGGAGUUUGAGGAAGUCCAGGAGGCAGCGCGUAUCGCCCACGAAUCAAAGGACAUCUCCUUCCUUGCGCUCUUCGGGCCUGGUAUCUGGAAACGUACCCUCUGCGGUGUCAGCGUACAGGUCUGGCAGCAGCUGCUCGGUGGGAAUGUCGCCAUGUACUACGUCGUCUGGAUCUUCCAGAUGGCCGGAAUGAGCGGUGAUACAUCCCUCUACUCCUCCAUCAUCCAAUACGUAAUCUUCCUCGUCACAACCGGCGUCAUCCUGCCCUACAUCGACCGCAUCGGCCGCCGCCUGCUACUCAUCUCCGGCGCAAUCCUCUGCAUGAUAAUCCACUACACCAUCGCCGCCGUCAUGGCCGUCCACGGCAACCCCGUCGACGAAAUCAACGGCAACGCCUCCCUGAAAUGGGAAAUCUCCGGCGCCCCCGGAAAGGCCGUCAUCUCGCUCUCCUACAUCUUCGUCGCUGUCUACGGUCUCACCUGGGCGCCUGCGGCCUGGAUCUACGCCUCGGAAGUGUUUCCACUGAAAUACCGAGCCAAGGGCGUGGGACUGAGUGCGGCGGGCAAUUGGAUCUUUAACUUUGCACUUGCGUACUUUGUGGCGCCUGCAUUUACGAAUAUCCAGUGGAAGACGUAUAUCAUUUUCGGCGUGUUUUGUACCGUUAUGACCUUCCAUGUGUUUUUCCUGUAUCCCGAGACGGCGCAGAGGUCGCUGGAGGAGAUUGAUCUCAUGUUUGAUUCGGAUGUGAAGGCUUGGGAGACGACGAAGAUUGAUUCGAAGUUUGGCGAGCAGGUCGAGAGGCACAGGAAGGAGAGUGUUGCUGAGGAUGUUACUCACAAUGAGAGGGUCUAACCCGGCUGUAUUUUCGGGUCCAGUAUGGAUUAAGUGCAAUUGUAUCUUAAUCAACUCUAUUGCCCACUGUUACGAUUUCUACAGCAAUCUCCAGCAGUGUUCUGAUCAUAUUAAUAUAAUUAAAUAUGUAUUUCCGAUCGACAACAGUGCUGUAUUAGGAAGGGGACACUUCUCAUGCCAAGAGCUUCCG